AAUGCCAGACCCUGUUGAUACGUGUCUACUGAAUGCCAGUCCCUGUUGAUACGUGUCUACUGAAUGCCAGUCCCUGUUGAUACGUGUCUACUGAAUGCCAGUCCCUGUUGAUACGUGUCUACUGAAUGCCAGUCCCUGUUGAUACGUGUCUACUGAAUGCCAGUCCCUGUUGAUACGUGUCUACUGAAUGCCAGUCCCUGUUGAUACGUGUCUACUGAAUGCCAGUCCCUGUUGAUACGUGUCUACUGAAUGCCAGUCCCUGUUGAUACGUGUCUACUGAAUGCCAGGUCAUAUUAAUGUGUAACCCUUAUCCAUCUGUUCUCUCUUCAGACAUGAUUACAGAGAGAUGCUGCACAACUCUACCUUCUGUCUGGUUCCCAGAGGACGACGCCUGGGGUCUUUCCGCUUCCUGGAAGCACUGCAGGCUGCCUGUGUACCUGUGAUACUCAGUAACGGCUGGGAGAUGCCCUUCUCAGAGAUCAUCCACUGGAACACAGCAGCUGUGAUCGGGGACGAACGACUGCUACUGCAGAUUCCGUCUACGGUGCGUUCAAUUCACCAGGACAACAUCCUGUCUCUCAGACAGCAGACCCAGUUCCUGUGGGAGGCCUACUUCUCCUCUGUAGAGAGGAUAGUACUCACAACACUAGAGAUCAUCCAUGACCGGGUGCUCCAGCAUGCAGCCCGUAGUAACCUGAUGUGGAACAGUCUUCCUGGAGGUCUCUACUCCCUGCCUCAGUACUCCUCAUACCUGGGAGACUUCCCUUUCCACUAUGCCAAGCUAGGUAUCAAGCCUCGUCCCGAGUUCACGGCGAUCAUCCAUGCUGUGACUCCCCUGGUUUCCCAGUCUCAGCCCAUCCUCAAGCUACUGCUGGCUGUCGCCAAGUCCCAGUACUGUGUCCAGGUAGAUUAACUAACUCACAUCUCAACACUGUGUCCAGGUGGACUAACUAACUCACAUCUCAACACUGUGUCCAGGUAGAUUAACUAACUCACAUCUCAACACUGUGUCCAGGUAGACUAACUAACUCACAUCUCAACACUGUGUCCAGGUAGACUAACUAACUCACAUCUCAACACUGUGUCCAGGUAGACUAACUAACUCACAUCUCAACACUGUGUCCAGGUAGACUAACUAACUCACAUCUCAACACUGUGUCCAGGUAGACUAACUAACUCACAUCUCAACACUGUGUCCAGGUGGACUAACUAACUCACAUCUCAACACUGUGUCCAGGUAGACUAACUAACUCACAUCUCAACACUGUGUCCAGGUGGACUAACUAACUCACAUCUCAACACUGUGUCCAGGUAGAUUAACUAACUCACAUCUCAACACUGUGUCCAGGUGGACUAACUAACUCACAUCUCAACACUGUGUCCAGGUAGAUUAACUAACUCACAUCUCAACACUGUGUCCAGGUAGACUAACUAACUCACAUCUCAACACUGUGUCCAGGUAGAUUAACUAACUCACAUCUCAACACUGUGUCCAGGUAGAUUAACUAACUAACUCACAUCUCAACACUGUGUCCAGGUAGAUUAACUAACUCACAUCUCAACACUGUGUCCAGGUAGAUUAACUAACUAACUCACAUCUCAACACUGUGUCCAGGUAGAUUAACUAACUCACAUCUCAACACUGUGUCCAGGUAGACUAACUAACUCACAUCUCAACACUGUGUCCAGGUAGAUUAACUAACUCACAUCUCAACACUGUGUCCAGGUAGAUUAACUAACUAACUCACAUCUCAACACUGUGUCCAGGUGGACUAACUAACUCACAUCUCAACACUGUGUCCAGGUGGACUAACUAACUCACAUCUCAACACUGUGUCCAGGUAGAUUAACUAACUCACAUCUCAACACUGUGUCCAGGUAGACUAACUAACUAACUCACAUCUCAACACUGUGUCCAGGUAGAUUAACUAACUCACAUCUCAACACUGUGUCCAGGUAGAUUAACUAACUCACAUCUCAACACUGUGUCCAGGUAGAUUAACUAACUCACAUCUCAACACUGUGUCCAGGUAGAUUAACUAACUAACUCACAUCUCAACACUGUGUCCAGGUAGAUUAACUAACUCACAUCUCAACACUGUGUCCAGGUAGAUUAACUAACUAACUCACAUCUCAACACUGUGUCCAGGUAGAUUAACUAACUCACAUCUCAACACUGUGUCCAGGUAGACUAACUAACUCACAUCUCAACACUGUGUCCAGGUAGAUUAACUAACUCACAUCUCAACACUGUGUCCAGGUAGAUUAACUAACUAACUCACAUCUCAACACUGUGUCCAGGUGGACUAACUAACUCACAUCUCAACACUGUGUCCAGGUGGACUAACUAACUCACAUCUCAACACUGUGUCCAGGUAGAUUAACUAACUCACAUCUCAACACUGUGUCCAGGUGGACUAACUAACUCACAUCUCAACACUGUGUCCAGGUAGAUUAACUAACUCACAUCUCAACACUGUGUCCAGGUAGACUAACUAACUCACAUCUCAACACUGUGUCCAGGUAGAUUAACUAACUAACUCACAUCUCAACACUGUGUCCAGGUAGAUUAACUAACUCACAUCUCAACACUGUGUCCAGGUAGAUUAACUAACUCACAUCUCAACACUGUGUCCAGGUAGAUUAACUAACUCACAUCUCAACACUGUGUCCAGGUAGACUAACUAACUCACAUCUCAACACUGUGUCCAGGUAGACUAACUAACUAACUCACAUCUCAACACUGUGUCCAGGUAGAUUAACUAACUCACAUCUCAACACUGUGUCCAUGUAGACUAACUAACUCACAUCUCAACACUGUGUCCAUGUAGACUAACUAACUCACAUCUCAACACUGUGUCCAGGUAGACUAACUAACUAACUCACAUCUCAACACUGUGUCCAGGUAGACUAACUAACUCACAUCUCAACACUGUGUCCAGGUAGAUUAACUAACUAACUCACAUCUCAACACUGUGUCCAGGUAGAUUAACUAACUAACUCACAUCUCAACACUGUGUCCAGGUAGACUAACUAACUAACUCACAUCUCAACACUGUGUCCAGGUAGACUCACUAACUCACAUCUCAACACUGUGUCCAGGUAGAUUAACUAACUAACUCACAUCUCAACACUGUGUCCAGGUAGAUUAACUAACUCACAUCUCAACACUGUGUCCAGGUAGAUUAACUAUCUAACUCACAUCUCAACACUGUGUCCAGGUAGACUAACUAACUCACAUCUCAACACUGUGUCCAGGUAGAUUAACUAACUCACAUCUCAACACUGUGUCCAGGUAGACUAACUAACUCACAUCUCAACACUGUGUCCAGGUAGACUAACUAACUAACGCAC